UGAGUCAGAAUCAAAAAUUAUUACUUUCCUUCAUUCCUCAUUCUCUAUUUAAUCUUGCCACUCCCCAAGAAACUGUUCAAAAAAUUCACUCAACGCUUUAACAAUCACGAGGUCUGAAUCUAUCAACAAAAAAAGUUUUGUUGCAUAUCUCAUUUGAGGAGGAGAAUUGCACAGUUUUAGUCGGAUUUAGACGGGUCAAAGGGUCUCUCUCGCCAAUUUCACAUAUCUCAACAUCCACCCCACCAAUUUACUUACGGUUACUUGUGUUUUGAUCCUUGCGAUCUUCUCUUUAUAUUCGAUUCAAUUAUUUUUGUAAAAGGAGAAAUCAUGGGUUCUGUUCCGAGAGAGUUUUCUGCUCCUCCUCAAAAAGUGGUCUUUAAGGGGCUACUUUUCGAUAUGGAUGGUACUAUUAUUGAUAGUACCGAUGCUAUCGUUAAACAUUGGCAUCAGUUAGGUAACGAAAUAGGAGUAGAUCCUAAUGUGAUUUUACAGACAAGUCAUGGAAGGAGAAGUAUUGAUGUCUUGAAGAUUAUUGCUCCAGAGAAAGCAAAUUGGGACUACAUAAAAUACAUGGAAGGACUCCUCCCCAAAAACUACGGUGACGACGCCGUCGAAAUCCCCGGCGCCCGCUCCCUCCUCUCCUCUCUAACCAGCGCUUCCCACCCUUGGGCCAUCGUAACAUCCGGCACUUCCCCCCUCGUAACCGGCUGGCUCAACGUCCUCAAACUUCCCAUCCCAGAGCAUCUCGUCGUCGCUGAAGAUGUUCCAAAUGGAAAGCCUGAUCCAGCCUGCUACAACAUGGGAAAAGCCAAACUCAACCUCUCCUCCGCCCCCGACGGCUCCCUCCUUGUCCUUGAAGACAGUCCCGCUGGUAUCCGCGCCGGCAAAGCAGCCGGAUGCAAAGUACUAGCCGUAGUAACCACACACACCAUUGAACAAGUCGUCGAAGCCGGCGCCGACUGGGUUGUCAAAGAUUUGGAAAGUUUGAAAGUUGUAGGAAAAACAGACGAGGGUGUUGAGUUGGAGAUUUCGAAUGCUUUGGUUUAGAUUUGUGAGGAUAGGAAGAGAAUGAAUAUUAAGCGCGCAUAUAAAUAGAUAGAUAGACACUCAAUCGUUCGAGAGUCAGUCGCAAGAAUAUAUAGAAUACAAAGGUAAAUUUGGGAGACUCGAAUGAAACUUUAUCAAUGCUU